AUGGCCCUGCCCGUGUUGUUCAUCCCUCAUGUCAAGUGGGUCAGAGACCGCGCCAGUUCUGGGAAGGCGGGCGACCAUGACACGCUCAGGGACAACCGCAUCCAGCUGCACCGCUCGACGUCCACCGAGCUCUCCAUCAUGAUCGGUGACGUGCAGAUGUCCGACGAGGGCGAGUACACCUGCUCCAUCUUCACCAUGCCGGUCCGCACCGCCAGAGCCACGGUCACUGUUCUAGGUGUGCCCGGUAAACCUCAGAUCUCCGGCUUUGAGAAUGCAGUGCAAGAGGGGGGCAAAGUCACCCUGACCUGCACCAGCACCGGCAGCAAACCCCCCGCCAGUCUGAUCUGGUACCGUGGAGACCAGGAGCUGGAAGGACGCCCCAACGUGGUGGAGGCGGUCCCAGACGACCCCACGUACAACGUGAGCAGCGAGCUGACGCUGGAGGUGAGCCGCGAGGACGACAACGCCCUCAUCACCUGCGCCGUGGACCAUCCGUCGCUCGCCCCCGGGGACAAGAGGAGCGAGCAGGCCCUGCGGGUGCUGUAUGCCCCCAACGCAGUGAUCCAGCCUGAGAGCGAUUUGCCCAGAGAGGGGGAGAAGUUCUAUCUCAAGUGUGUGGGCAACAGCAACCCAGAGCCGGCCUCCUUCACCUGGGAGAAGAAGGAUGGCGAGCUCCCCCCGCUGGCCAAAGCCGACGGCGCUCUUCUACAGUUCGAGAUGCUCAACAAAUCAGAUAAUGGCGUCUACCUCUGCCAGGCGGACAACGGCAUCGGCAACAGCCAGGGGGAGUACACACUCCUGGUGCAAGACAACCCGGACACUACCUCCCCCCCCACUGACUCUCCGAUAUCUACGUCUUCCCCUCCGAUUGAUUCGUCUUCCCCUCCGAUUGAUUCGUCUUCCCCUCCUACCGCCUCCCCCACUGAAGUCUUAUCUUCCUCCAGCUCUGAACCCACUUCCGCCUCCACCCCCUCCCCCUCUCCCACUCCCACCCCCUCGGAGGCCGACGUGUUGACCACCAUCUCCGAUUCCUCCACCACCGCUCUCUCAAACGCCCUCUUCCCCGACCUGCCAUUCUCCCCUUCAUCCUCCCCGGCCACCCCUCCCUCCUCCGCCUCCUCCGCCCCCUCCUCCCCUACUCUCCCAGUUUCCGUCCAGCUGAACGGAGUUUACACUUUCACAGAUGACUUCCACGUCCUUUCCCCUUCCUUCCACCCUCUCCUCCUCUCCUCUCCUCCUCUCCUCUCCUCUCCUCUUAUCCUCCUCUCUUCUCCUUCUCAAGACCCCACAGCCAUGAUGACCUCUUCGGGGGUGGACCACGCUGUGAUCGGAGGAGUAGUGGCUGUUAUCGUCUUCAUCCUGCUCUGCCUCCUCAUCGUCCUCGGCAGAUACCUCAUCAGACACAAAGGGACGUAUCUGACCCACGAAGCCAAGGGCUCGGACGACGCCCCUGACGCCGACACGGCCAUCAUCAACGCGGAGGGAGGCCACUCUGGAGCCGAGGACAAGAAGGAGUACUUCAUCUAGACCGAGGAGGGAGCAGUGGAGAAAAGGAGCGGCAGGAGGAGAUGGAAAAGUUGGAGGACGUGUGGUAGUGGGGAUAGGGAAGGAGUGAAGGGGGGGAGAAAAACCUCCAUUUUGUUUUCUCGAGGCUUCAGUUCUUCACUCGGUCGGAGGGAUGACGGGAGGGGAAGGGGGGGGGGGGG